UAUGGGGGCACGGCAGCGCAUGCGCAGAGGGAGGCGCGGUGUGUGAGGAGAAGGCGGCGGCGUCCCUUCCCUCAGAGCGGGGAGGGUCGGCUCCUCCAUCCCGGUCCUUUAAGGCCGAAAUUGCGGCCUUUCCCAUCCCUCAAGGCCGGGAUUUGUUACCCCAGGAACGUUGGUGCCCCCUUUGGAGUUAAAGUGCCUCGUGAUGGCGGUUGCGCGUUAAUCGAGUGCUGCGUUACCCCCUGUGAGGGCCUAAAGGAGGAGGGAGGAGCUGAACGAGUUGUGGUCAUGGUUGAUUCCUUCUCCUUUAGAGCUCCCAGGGCUUCUCCUUUGUGCUGUGUGAGGAGCUGACAUGGCCAGCGGGGGGUACGUCCUGUAUAGAUGGAAGGAGAGGCUGUGGCCGGCCAAGGUUUUGCCAAAGGCUGGGCUUGCUGAGGAACCACCUAUAGCCAACGCGCAGGAGACGCUGGAGAUUGAAAUAAUAGGCCUAAAAGAAAGGGUCAGUGUGAAGCAGGAGGAUGCUGUGCCCCUGGAGGAAGCACGCAUUGAGGACAUCGUCUCUAACUUAAGUGAGAAAGUGGAUCCCAUUGAGGCCGUGGAAGAACUGAAGUAUCGCUGUGCUCUUAAAUAUGCCUUGGAUUCUUUGAAAGAAGACGUAGCAACCUUAGAAGUGUCACCUUCAAAAGAGGGACCGAGUACUCGGUUAUCACAAGCAAACAGUGCCAGGUCUCUCUCAUCUUCCCCCUUAACCCGUUGCCAGUCACUCUCUAAGGAACAGUUGGAGUCUGAGAGCCUCAAUAGGAAAAGGAAACAGAGAAAUAGCCCUGAUUUGAGGACUGAGAAGAAGAAACAAAACCUGGGAUGUUCUUUAAGUCUGGAGGAGAGACCUGGAGUAAAUGAAAAUGGAACAAACCCAUCAAAAUGUGGUAAUGGGGACUUGUGCAAUACAUCAAAGUCAGGCAGUGAAAACUGCAUGGCAAUGGGAUCACCAAUGGCAUUAAGAGGGAAAAAACCAGAGCCCAAAGUGUUGAAAAAGUCCCUAACGAGUAAUAAACCCUCACUGAAGCUAAAGGAGGAAAGGAAUAAGCAAGGAAGGGAAAGAGCGAGAGGUGCAGGAUCACCUGGCUCACUUACAAAUGGUUCCUCCAAAGGCCAAGGACAGACUCCUGCUGGGGGUGCUGCUCUGUCUGCAGCCUGCAGCUCUGUGCUAUCUGAGAGGAGCAGGAUGAGCACCAGGCAGCAACCCAAAGGGAUGGCACUGCGCUCAGCUUCCAAGAGUGCCUCCGUGUUGGAGAAGAACACUGGGAGUGAGAGUAGAAAUGUAGGAAAACAGACGAGGAAUCUGAAAGGACUGAAAGGAGAACAAGAGACCAACACGACCACGUCCUCGUGCAGAGAAAGGGAGUGCACAAACAGCCCUGAGUCCUCAGCUGGCCUGUCUGACUGCACAGUGCUGUCUGAUGGUGUUCUUUCUCAGCUGCAAGAGGAGAAUGAGGACGAGCCACCUGUGGUUAUGGACAAAGCAAAGGAGUUCCAUCUGCCUGACUUUGAGGAAGAGGAAGGACUGAAGCCCUCUGGGCUCUCUUCUGAGAGGACGCUCUCUGAGAAGCUGUCCCACCUCUCAGAUCUGGUAGAUGAUGAUGAUGACGAUGAGGAAGAACUUCCCAGCAUUCUGUCCCAUCAAGAACCAGAAUCGAUUGACAAAGGGAUUUUGGUGUGGUGCAAGUGGCAAAAAUUCCCAUAUUUGCCAGCAGUGGUAACGAAUGUGAAGAGGAAAUACAGAAAAGCCUAUGUGCUCUUCAUAGAAGAGAACAUGAGUGACAAGAAUAAUAAAAGUUUAUCAGUAUCUCUUCGGAACCUGAAGCACUUUGACUGCAAGGAAAAGCAGGACCUGAUUGACCAAGCCAAAAAAGACUAUCGCCAAGAAAUUGAGUGGUGCAUCCAAUUGAUUUCUGACUAUCGCAUCAGAGUGGGUUGCCAUUCAUUUACAGGAUCCUUUCUGGAAUACUUUGCUGAUGAUAUCAGCUGCCCAGUUAAGAAGCAGUACCAGCUGAGCUCAGCCCAAAUGACCUUUCCCAGCAUAGCAGAGGAAGAUCUGGAGGAUUCAGUGUUAGAAACUUCACCUCAAAAACCCUCCAGGAAACUUCUGCCCGACAGAACAAGGGCUGCGAGAGAUAAAGCCAACCAAAAGAUCGUGGAGUUCAUUGUGAAGACCAAAGGAGCUGAGGAGCAUCUUCUGGCCAUUCUAAAGUGCAGGAAGGAAUCCAGGUGGAUGAAGGACUUUCUGAGUUCACGUCAACACGGAACCUGCAUCGAAACUUAUUUAGAGGACGAGGAGCAGCUGGAGCUGGUGGUGAAUUACUUGAAGGAAGUAGCGUAUCAUGAAAUAGACACAUCCAACCUCCAGCAACUGCUCGGGGAUGGAGUGAAGUUUAUUUCAGAUGUCCUUUUGCCUGAAGCCAUCAUUUACGCCAUAUCCGCCGUGGAUGAUAUAGACUACAAAGAGGCAGAAGAGAAAUACAUGAAAGGACCCUCUGUGAGCAAAAGGGAGAGAGAAGAGUUUGACGAAGAGAUCCUGGAGAGGAAAAGGCUUCAGGCUCAACCGGUGGCUGCAGACAGUGUGUGAAUGGCAGCGGGUUCUUUCCCAUUCCAUCCCAGCCUCUUAAAUCAUCUCUGUGUUACCACCAGGAGCUGUUAUACCUUCAGUCCUUGCUCUCAAUGCUGUGCUGCUGCUCCAUCCACUUCAUAUGGGCCUUAAUAUGGGCCUUAAUAUGGGCCUUAAUAUGGGCUCAGUGGGUGUGUGUGUGUGUUGGGGGGGGUAUUGUGCCCUAUGGAUGGGAUGGUGGCGAUGCUUUGCCUUUAUCUGUCAUUAAAGGUGUCAGGAAUAAAAGCGGUUCUGAGUGAUGCAAA